AUGAGGGGGCGCAUCCUGCGGGCCUGGCAGGGAGGGUGGAGCCGCGGGCGGGGCCGGGCGACUGUGGCCGGCGAGGCCCAGAGGCGGGAGAAACCCCCUUGGCGGGUCCUGUUCUUCGGCACCGACAGCUUCGCGGCCGAGACCCUCGGAGCGCUCCGGGCUGCUCGAGAGUUGGGACCAGAUCCAAUUGUAGAUCGCUUAGAGGUGGUGACAUUGCAGUCUCACCUGCCGAAGGGCCACGCUGUCAAGAACUACGCAGAGCAGUUUCGGCUCCCUGUCCACCUCUGGCCAGAUAUCGGGCCCUGUGGGCACUUUGAUGUUGGUGUGGUGGCAUCGUUUGGGCGUCUGCUGAGUGAGGACCUCAUCCUGAAAUUCCCGUAUGGUGUGCUGAAUGUCCAUCCCAGCUGCCUUCCACGGUGGCGUGGCCCUGCGCCGAUAAUCCACACGAUGCUCCACGGCGAUAGAGUCACUGGGGUGACGAUUAUGCAGAUCAGGCCGAGAAGGUUCGAUGUAGGUCCUAUUAUCAAACAGGAAACCUUUCCCGUCCCGGCCUUCUGCACAGUGAAAGAACUGGAGUCACUCUUGUCCAAACUGGGUGCAAACAUGCUCAUUACGGUCCUGCAAAAUUUACCGGAAUGCUUACAGAAUAAGAAAGAACAACCAAAGGAAGGAGUGACGUUUGCUCCUAAAGUCACUGUUUCAAUGAGCUGUGUCCAGUGGGAAGAACAAACCUCUGAGCAAGUUCUGCGGCUGCAUCGUGCCUUGGGAACAAUGAUGCCCCUGCAAACCCUGUGGAUGGGCACAGUUAUCAAGCUGCUGGAUUUAGUGGACGUGGACACCGGACUUCCUGAUAGGUUAGCAACCGAACAUGGAACAACCCCUGGAUCAGUGAUCUAUCAUAAGCAGUUGCAGACGUUGAUGGUUCGUUGCAAGGAAGGUUGGGUUGGCGUCAAAGCCCUGGUUUUAAAGAAGAAGCUGACCGCCACCGACUUUUACAAUGGCUACCUGCACCCAUGGUUUCAGCAGGAUUCCAACAUGCCUCCCGGAGAGUGCAGGUUCCACACGCUCAAGCCACCCGUGAAGAAAAAGAAGCCAGAAGGAACAAGACUCCUUGUGAACAACAGGCAGCACUGA